CAUCCCAACAUGAAAAGUCAAGUUCGCAUAAUUAACCGCUGGCAACGUCUUUCUUACGGCUGCCAGCUAAAAAACUGCGGUAGAAAUUUCUUUCGUGGUAUAAAUUGAAAUACUUAUAGACGACUACUGAAAACUAAACAACAUGUCGCGUUUCUUUGCCACCGGUUCUGACUCGGAAUCCGAGUCCAGUGAUGAAGAGGUCCCAGUACAGGCCUAUAGCAAGGCGCCCAAUUUUCAAUUUAGUGACGAUGAGGAAGAAGUCAAGCGUGUAGUGCGUUCCACCAAGGAAAAGCGUUAUGAAAACUUGACUGCGAUUAUCAAGAGCAUACGCAAUCAUAAGAAAAUUAAAGAUAUGUCAAGCAUUUUAUCAAGUUUUGAAGAUUUGACUCGUGCUUAUACCAAAGCUUUACCGGUUAUUACUAAAGAGGAGAAAGGUGUCACACCACGCUUCUACAUACGCUGUCUCGCUGAAUUGGAAGACUUCAUUAAUGAAGUAUGGGAGGAUCGAGAGGGCCGCAAAAAUUUGUCGAAAAAUAAUUCAAAGUCGUUGGGUACUUUGCGUCAAAAAGUGCGUAAGUAUAUCAAAGACUUUGAGGAGGAUUUGACACGUUUCCGUGAGGCGCCUGACCAAGAGAGUGAUGUUGAAGAAGAGGAAGCUUAUGACUCAGAUCAAGACAAGCAUGAUGCUGGUUCCGAAGUUGUGCUACGUGAUUUCAAGCAGCAGGCCGAACCUAAAUCAGCUAAAGCGGCAGCGCCGUCCAAAGCUGUCGAAGAGGAUGAUGACUCCGAAGACUCCAUUGACUGGGGUUCUGAUAGUGAGUCGGAAUCUGAAUCUUCGGACGAUGAGAAUCAGUACCAGAAUCAGCGUGACCGUUACUUGAAGCGGCCAACGCUUGAUAAAGAGGAGAAGGAAGAACGCAAGAAGGAGAAGCGUGUUAAGGAGGCGAAAAUACGUCGCAAGCGUAUAGAAGAAGAUGCUGAUGAAGAAGGCGAAUGGGAAACUGUGUUCCCACACACCGUUGAGAAGCCGAAGAUGUUCGACAAAGAUGCUAAAAUCGAUGUGCCUCUCACCCUCCAAAAAUUGUCAGAAAUUAUGGCAGCUCGCGGCAAGAAGCGCACAGACCGACGCAUGCAAAUUGAGAUGCUCUUUGAAUUGCGCGACAUUGCCGAACAGCACGAGUUGGGCAACGCCGUUGCUGUUAAAAUAAACUUUAGCAUUAUUUCGGCCAUUUUCGACUACAACCAGAAAAUCUCUGAACCCAUGAAGUUAGAGCAUUGGAGUAAAUUGCUUGAUGUUAUGCAAACCUUGAUGAAAAUCCUUUUGGCCAACGACGAUAUACGUAUGAGUGAAGCGGUGCAGGAGGAAAAUGAGGAAUUCACUAACCCGCCAUAUGCGAUACGCGGUUGCUCGUUGGCAGCAGUUGAGCGCUUGGAUGAUGAGUUCACCAAGCUUUUGAAGGAGUGUGAUCCGCAUACGAACGAUUACGUCUCGCGUUUGAAAGACGAGGUGGCCGUCACGCGUAUCAUUGAGUCUGUGCUUGAGUACUUUGAGCGUGUGGGCAACCCUAAUGAACGUUGUCGCAUCUAUUUGCGCAAAAUCGAGCAUUUGUACUACAAAUUCGAUCCUGAUGUGUUGAAGAAAAAGCGUGGUGAAUUGCCCUCUAACACAGUCACUUCAGUUGAUGUUAUGGAUCGUUUGUGCAAGUUCAUCUAUGCCAAGGACGACACAGAUCGUAUACGCACACGCGCCAUAUUGGCACACAUCUACCAUCACGCCAUGCACGACAACUGGUUCCAAGCGCGCGACUUAGUGCUCAUGUCACACUUGCAGGAUACUAUCGAUGCUGCAGAUCCCUCCACACGCAUCCUCUAUAAUCGCAUGAUGGCCAAUUUGGGUUUGUGCGCUUUCCGUCAGGAGAACGUAAAGGAAGCCCAUCACUGCUUGGUCGACUUGAUGGUCACUGGCAAGCCAAAAGAGCUGUUGGCGCAGGGUUUGUUGCCACAGCGUCAACACGAGCGAUCCGCGGAGCAGGAAAAGAUCGAGAAGCAGCGUCAAAUGCCAUUCCACAUGCACAUCAACUUGGAGUUGUUGGAAUGCGUUUAUCUAGUGUCCGCAAUGCUCUUGGAAAUACCAUACAUUGCCGCGCAUGAAUUCGAUGCGCGUCGUCGUAUGAUCAGCAAAACUUUCUACCAACAAUUGCGUUCGUCCGAACGUCAAUCGCUCGUUGGUCCCCCUGAAUCAAUGCGUGAGCACGUUGUCGCCGCUGCCAAAGCCAUGCGUUGCGGCAACUGGCAAGCCUGUGCCAAUUUCAUUGUCAACAAGAAAAUGAACACCAAGGUUUGGGAUCUCUUCUAUGAGGCUGAUCGCGUGCGCGACAUGUUGGUGAAAUUUAUCAAGGAAGAAUCGCUGCGCACAUACCUCUUCACCUAUUCCAACGUUUACACCUCGUUGAGUAUUCCAUCAUUGGCACAAAUGUACGAGCUGCCUGUGCAGAAGGUACAUUCGCUCAUCAGUAAAAUGAUCAUUAAUGAAGAGCUAAUGGCCAGUUUGGAUGAUCCAUCAGAAACGGUCGUCAUGCACCGCUCAGAGCCAUCGCGUCUACAAGCGCUCGCCAUGCAAUUCGUCGACAAAGUCACCAAUCUGGUUGAUGUGAACGAGAAGGUGUUCGAUAUGAAGCAGGGCAACUUCUUCCAACGCGGCAACAUGGGCAAUCGCGAGCGCGGCUACAACCGCAACCAGAACAAUCAGGGCGGCAACUGGGGUGGUCAGCGACGCGACAACCGUAAUCAGCGCAAUCGCAAUCAACGCAAUCAGCAUCAUCACCACAAACAGCAGCAUCAGCAACAACAACAACAGCAGCAUCAGCAGCAACAACAACACCAGGAAACACAAAUUCAACAACAACAUAUUAUUGAGGAAGAGUAAGAAACACUCGCUGGCGGCACAUCAAGCAGCGCAGCUGAAAAGUAUAACAACAACAACAUUUUUAUAAUUUUGAUUAAAAACUUAAAUGAUGCGAACAAAUGGGAAGUACGUGGUAGAAGAGACUCGUAGCAAAGAAACCACUGGCAUUAACUGCUGCUGGCGCACUCUCACUUCAGCGCGCGGUUCUUAGAAAAUCCGCCAUCGUUUGAGGCGGGAGUGCGCCACAUUGCAAAAUUGAGUGCUCAACAAUAUGUCUAUAGUAUGUGCUUUUUUAUUUAGUAUAUAUUUUUUUUUUAUUUUAAUAAUGCAUUGUUGCAUUUGAUUAUAAGUAAAUGGAAAUUGUUUCUUUCUUCCUGGUAACAUUGCGGUAUUUAAGUUUUUAAGGCAAAGCUGCUUGAUUUGUAACAAAGAAUAAUAAAUAUAUAACAUACAUAUUAUAUAUAAUAUUGAAAUUAAAUUUAUAAUUCUACUGCUAAGAUACACACAUGCAUACAUACAUACAUACAUAUAUGCAAUACAGAGAACUUUCAAAAAACUACACAUUUGCAACAAAAAAAUCUUUGAUCAAAUUUAUCCAAAAUACAAUUUAUAAAAAAGU